AUGCUGAAAGCACCCUCUUCCGACAAGAUCCCCACCGCGCGUUCGCCGUCCAAAGUACAAUUCAGUAUCAGCCCUGCUCCAACCAGCCCUAUCAAACCCUCGUUUCAAUGCGUCAAAUCGCUCGAGCAUUCCAUCCACACUCUUCUUGAUUCCCCCAUCUCGCCAAUCUCCCGCGCAUCACCCUUCCGUCAGGUGACUUAUUGGGCAGAUCUUGGGAUCAUCAGCUCUACAUGUGCAUUAGUUGGGUUCAGGUCGGCUGCAUUGUGGUUAGCGUGGGGCGUCCCAUUCGCACAUCUCUCGCUAUCGUUUGAAGAGCAAACAUCCAGUGAGAGGCGCGAGUACCACGUGAGGAGAAUAUGGAUGCCCCUCGUUUGGCUUGCUCUCCACAGCCUCAUCCACCUCGCGCUUGCCCUCGCCGAUCGAAGUCUCUCGCACCAAUUCUCGUUCGAUACCAUGUCAAGGGAUGCGUUCCUGAUGAUUGUCCUCGCAUGCGCUGUGGCGACACGCCUGGUUUACUAUUAUCAAACUCUCCAAACUCUUCCAAUACCAGUACCACCGCCCUCUGAGAAAGCCAAGAGAACGAACAAGCUGAAGGAGGCCAAAGCAGCGAGGCGCAUUAACAAUGAAGAAGAUAAGCGUUGGGAACAUGCCAGGAGGCGAACGAUCCAGGGAUACGAAAGCCGCCCCAGCCUCGAACCGGUCCAGAACAACCUCCGCAACACAUCGGUUCUUCCGACGCUGCCUCAACCACCGGUGUGGAAGUUAAUAAUGCAGCUAUUGGGUAUGGAUCUCAUCGGGGAUAGUUGGAACGCAAAUGGUGACGGUCAGGCCGAUACACACAGUCACCCCGCAAUGUAG